AUGCCGCCAGACCGACCGUGGUCACGGCCACGCCACCCACUUCCGCGGCGGUCGUCUUACCAUCGGUCGCGCUCCCCCGGGAGCCGCAGUCUCGGACAUCGGCCGUCUCCUCAGCACCCACGGCGACGCCCCCGAACCCAUGAGGCUACGACGUGGUGCAUCGUGGAGCAUCACAGCCUCGUGGGGUUCGCUUCCCGCCUGCGUUGGGACCAACAGCCACAGGUCCCACAAGGACUGGCGCCGGCCGACGUCCCAGCACCAUUCCAGAGACGCACCCUGAAUGAGCGGUGCGCAGGGGAUACACCGUCGACCUACACCGACGCAGAGCGUGCCGGGUUAUGUGCCCUGUGCCGCGUGUCCAUGAUAGCGUGGGCGAGUCAUCUACACGGGGCCCUCCACACCGAGCGUCGCCAACGACAAGAGAACAACGCAUCGGCAGCAACUCGGCCGUUAACAUCCGCGGACGUUGAGGCGGCGCUCAUCGUCGUGUCGAGAUCGUGCCCCGAGAAGCUUAGGGCGCCUAACCAGGCAGCACACGCACACGAAGAUGUCAUAAUAGCCGAGUUUUAA